AUGCCCAAAGGAUUCCUGGUGAAAAGAAACAGGAAAUCUGCACAUGUUUCCUACCGGAGCCGGUCGGACGAGGAUGAGCUCCGGGAGCUGCCCACCCCGGCUGCCUUCCCCAGCCACACCAACCCCUCCCCGGCGUUCUGCUCGGCGGCCAGUCCGGACCGCGCCGCCGCCGUCCCGUUCUUCAUGGCCGCUGCGGCGCCGGUGCCGCGGCAGGAGAAGCCGGCCCAGUUCGGCCACCCGGAGGCGGCGUGCCAAGCCCUGUACAGCCCCACCCGGCCCGUCAGCCAGGAGCACGACAGCCGGGGGUAUUUCGAGCGAAGUUUCAAUCUGGGCUCGCCUAUUUCUGCCGAGUCAUUCCCGACCCCCGCCUCCCUCUCCGGCUUGGACCACCUCCUGUACGCCCCGGUGGACCUGAAGAUCGGCACCAGCAACAGCAGCCGCAGCGGCACCACCAGCAGCACCAGCAGCAGCAGCCUGCCGGCACCGAGCGGCCGGGCCGGGGCCAAGAGGACCGCGGAGGGCACGGAGCGCAAACCCAAACCCGCCCCAAAGAAACCCAAAGCCAUCCGGAAGCUCAACUUCGAGGACGAGAUGACGACUUCUCCCGUCCUGGGGCUCAAGAUCAAAGAGGGGCCGGUGGACGGGAAGCCGCGGGCGCCGCUGGGGGGGGCCCAGCAUCCUCUGGGGGAGUUCGUGUGCCAGCUGUGCAAGGAGGCGUACGCGGACCCCUUCUCCUUGGCCCAGCACAAGUGCUCCCGCAUCGUCCGGGUCGAGUACCGGUGUCCCGAGUGCGACAAGAUGUUCAGCUGCCCGGCCAACCUCGCGUCGCACCGCCGCUGGCACAAGCCCCGGACCACCGGAGCGCAGGUGGGCACGAAGGGUGAAACGGCCAAAGUCCCAGCGCUCGGUGUCAAGUCAGCAGCAACCGAGGAAGCCAAAGACAUGAGUGACAGAGACACCCCGAGUCCCGGUCUGUCCGAGUCCGGCUCGGAGGACGGCUCGUACGACUGCCAGUACUGCGGGAAGAGGUUCAAGCGUCAGGCGUACCUCAGGAAACACAUCGUGGGACACCAGGCGCUGCAGAAGAAAGCGAUGGAGGAGCACGGGUUCCCAGCCCCUGCAGAGCCGGUCCCGGUGCCACCUGCCUCCUCUCCUGCACCUCCACCUCCACCUCCACCACCACCACCAACACCCUCCUCCUCCUCCUCUUCAUCCUCCUCCUCCUGCUCAGAGGAAGCCUCAAACCAAAGUCCCCUCAACCUGAGCCCGGUGGACUGCCUGCUGUGCCCGGUGUGCGGGGAGGGCUUCACCAGCCGGGCGGGCCAGGAGCGGCACCUGCGCCUCAUGCACUCCUCCCAGAUCUACCCGUGCAAGUACUGCCCCGCCACCCUGUACAGCUCGCCGGGCCUCACCAGGCACAUAAACAAGUGCCACCCGUCGGAGAACAGGCAGGUGAUCCUGCUCCAGAUGCCGGUGCGCCCAGCCUGCUGA